GCACCUGCAGUGACGCGCGCGCCAUCGGGCGGGAUGGACGAGUCUCACUGGGCGUCUUCGUCACUGCUGGCCUCGGAUCCUCUGGCGGCCUUCUCCCCGGAGUCGGCCGCGCUGCCUUCGGGGGCCGACGCCGACGCCUUCUUCUGCAGCCAGGACACGGACUACGCCAACCUGUCGUCCUUCUUCUCCGGCCCGAGUCCCGGUCCGACAACGGCCGCCUACAGGAACGGCUCCGUUUGCCAGGUGUUGGCCUCGCCGAGUCUCCUCAGCAACCUCCAGUUGCUGGACGGCCCCCCCGGUCACUCUCUGGGCUCGCCCUACAGUCCUCCGGACGGCGCCUGGAGCGGCGGCCUCCCCGCCUCUCUGUACUCGGGGGUCUCCUCCUCUCUCCCCCCGACCGGGGACGGACACCCGUCUCCGCUUCGGGAGAGUCCUCGGCCUCAGGAGGCCCUCAAGGCCGAGCGCGCCAGCCCCCCGGGGGGCUCGCCCGCGUCCUGCGGCCCUUUUUUCAAUCUGACCCCGGCGCUGGGGAGCACGUACGCGCCGACGUCCCGCUCGCAGACGCACGCGCUGAGCCCUUACGGCCCGUACGCGGCCUGCCCGCAGGACUACGCCGCGGCCGACUACUACGGCGGCCCCGUUCCCUGGAUGGGCCCGGCCUACUCCCCGAAACUUGGCAACAACGUGAGGAUAGCCGCACCAGAGGCCAGAGAGUGCGUCAACUGCGGAGCCACGGCGACCCCCCUGUGGCGGCGCGACGGAACCGGCCACUACCUGUGUAACGCCUGCGGACUCUACCAUAAGAUGAACGGCCAGAACAGACCUCUGAUCCGCCCCAAGAAGAGACUGAUCGUCAGCAAGCGGGAGGGCACGCAGUGCGCCAACUGUCACACCGCCACCACCACGCUGUGGAGGCGCAACGCGAACGGCGAGCCCGUGUGCAACGCUUGCGGCCUCUACUUUAAACUCCACAACGUCAACCGACCCCCGACCAUGAAAAAGGACAGCAUUCAGACCCGCAACAGGAAAGUGUCCAACAAGAACAAGAAGAGCAAGAAGUCGUCCGAGGCCGCCGGGCCGCAUUCGGCCGGCGACGAGGCCGCCGGGCCUUUGGCCUUUGGCCGCGCCGCUCUCCUGACUUACGGCCACGCGCCGCCGCAUCUCAUUGCGGGCCCGUCGCCUCUGCGCGCCUCCGCUCCCUUGGCGUACCCGCACCACCGCAACCCGGGCGUGGUGCCCACUUUAGUCUGAACAUUUUCACUUCACUCAACUUUUGCGUGUGCGCAAUUUCCCACCACAUGUGAACGACAGGCAGAUCAAUAAAAUGUGUGAAUUCACGCGUCGAGCUUCA